AUGUUCAUUCUUAUUACAGCGUUAUCACAGCGUAAUAUUGGCGCGAAACUUCUUAUGUUAUGCGUUUCUUUUUGAUCCCACGUUUCACACAUUAUUGGACUAACUUUAACGCUAGUGAUUGAAUGAUUGAGUGAUACUACCAUGGGUAUUUUAGGUCUAUCAAAAUUAAUAGCAGACAUAGCGCCAAGUGCUAUUAAAGAACAAGAAUUAAAGCAUUAUUUUGGUCGUAAAGUAGCCAUAGAUGCGUCGAUGUGUUUAUAUCAAUUUCUUAUUGCAGUACGGAGUGAAGGAGCUCAGCUUACAUCUGUACAUGGUGAAACAACAAGUCAUUUAAUGGGUACAUUUUAUCGAACAAUACGUUUAGUAGAGCAAGGAAUAAAGCCUGUAUACGUGUUUGACGGGAAACCACCAAAUCUAAAAGGUGGAGAAUUAGCAAAACGAGCUGAAAGAAGAGACGAAGCACAGAAGUUGUUACAGGCAGCAGAGGAAGCUGGAAACGCAGAGGAUGUAGAGAAAUUUAACAGAAGAUUAGUAAAAGUUACAAAAGAGCAUGCAGAAGAAGCUAAACAGUUAUUGCAAUUAAUGGGCAUUCCUUACAUUGAUGCUCCAUGUGAAGCGGAAGCUCAAUGUGCUGCUUUGGUAAAGGCUGGUAAGGUCUUUGCAACCGCUACAGAAGAUAUGGAUGCACUUACUUUUGGAUGCAAUAUUUUACUCAGGCGAUUAACAUUUAGCGAAGCAAGAAAGAUGCCUGUACAGGAAUUUCAUUUUGAUAAAGUAUUAGAAGACCUUGGAUUAAAUCACGAUGAAUUCAUUGAUCUUUGUAUAAUGUUGGGUUGUGAUUAUACAAGUAGCAUUAAAGGAGUUGGACCAAAAAGAGCUAUAGAGUUAAUUAAAACACAUAGGUCACUUGAAAAAAUUAUAGAAAACUUGGAUAGUAAGAAGUUUUCCAUUCCUGAAGACUGGAAUUAUAAAGAAGCUCGAUUAUUAUUUCAAGAACCUGAAGUAACAGAUCCUGAAACAAUUGAUCUGAAAUGGACAGAACCAAAUGAAGAAGGGUUAGUACAAUAUUUAUGCGGUGACAAGCAAUUUAAUGAGGAAAGAGUAAGGAAUGGUGCAAAAAAAUUAUACAAAGCACGAAAUACUUCCACUCAAGGAAGGCUAGAUACAUUCUUUAAAGUAUUACCAAAUCCAAAUCCUCCGAAGCGUAAAGCAGAAGACACAAAGGGAGCUGCUAAAAAAAAUAAGAAAGGAACAACAGGGAAACCACGUGGAAGGCAGCCAAAAUAAUUGUUCAAAGCACUCAUACUUUUUUAAUUUUUAUGAGUGCUAUGUACUGAAUCAUUUAUAACAUUCAACAUAUAAAGUCAUUAUAAAUAAUUCUGAAUACAUUUAGAUAGUUUCAUAUUUAUUUCAUAAAAUAUAUUAUAGACAUUCAA